AUGUGGGCAAAGGAUCGCGAUUCUUCAGACGGGAGUCCGCCCCCGUCACAUGACGGGGACCCGGCAGAUGAGGCAGGUAUCUGGGAAGAUGAGGGUAUUUCGGGGUUGCAUGGAUCGGCUCCAAGUGUCCAGAUGGACUACCCAUCUGGGUUUACCUGUGAUCAAGGACGUCCUAUCGAUAUGCAUGGCCAGCUCGGAGCGGUCCCGUAUGGCCAUGCACUCAACACCCCAUUGUUUCCCCAGCACGCCCCAUUGGUCUACCCAACACCAUCCUAUACCCCGAUCUACCCGGCACAGCUCGAUUCAAAAUCAGAUGUAUCUGAGAAUGAGCCAGAUCAGUCGCUUAAUGACAACCCGCAAGUAAAAACAGAAGACCAAAACUACAUCAAUACUUUUGAUCUCAUCUUCAAAGAAAACCGAGAAUUGCGCUUGGCAGAUGUUCAGCUUCAGAACGAAAUAAGAACGGGGCUCAACAGCCAGAGUGCCAUGCUCUCCCAGUCCUGGGUUGCUGUCCAGAAGCAACUGAGACGAAGUCGCAAGUAUUGCGAAGCAACCAAGAAGAAGCUCGAAAAGCUGGAAAGUCGUCAUCACGACCGUCAGGACGAGAUCAAAGAACUCGGUCAGCUCCUGAUGAAGAAACAAAAGAAGCUCACAAGGAAGUUCAACAGGAAACUCAAAAGAAAGCUCAGACAUUGCUGA